AAGCAUGGUCUCGUAUCAAUCUCUACCUGCUUGGAAAAAGAACAUGUUUCUUUGUUAUUUUCCCACACAACAUCGAUUAAGAAAUAAGCAAAAGUUAAAAAUAGAUGUGACAGUGAAGGUCAAAAAUUGUGGCUGCAAGUUGUUGAGAUGAAAAUCUUUGGAUGACAGGUGCGAAAACGAGGAAAAUAGUUAAUAAAUGUGGUGAAAAAAAUAGGGAUAAGAUUUUGUUCCUGUUUUUAACACGAUCUUCCAAAGGUUCGAAAAGAGUUUGGAAUUUGUCCCACCAACAUGCAACUUUAUUCAAAGAGAUUAAAAUUGUCUGCAGCACAACUGUUGAGCAUGAAACUGAUACAAGUUUUGUAGGUUGCUGAGUGCUGUAUACGGAGAUUCUGUCACAAGGGCAAACAAAAUGUAACUUUUUCUAAGGAAAAAUAUUAAGCCACCACCAAAUGUUAUAAAAUAUUUUAAUGUCCUUGACGAAUUCAAUUCCAUACCAAUUGCUUUGACCAGGCUUUCAGAUGUUUGAAUAUGUACUGAAUAUGUUGUUAGUAUACUGGAGGUCCAAUGAUUAUAUUGUGAGUUUAUAUGCAAACAAAUUCGCUAUCUUUGUUGUUAACCUGUUUCAUGUGUUUUCUCGGGAAGUGUCAUUUCAUUUGUUGAUGUUGUUACAGAAAAGGGGUAGGGGCAGGCAGAGGGGCGACAUUGUUAGUCUUGCAACAAGAAAUAUGUAUAUUUCUUGGAAAAGGCCAUAUAGUAGAAUGCUUUUUAAAUAUUAAAUAUACGUUAGUUUUAACCAUUCCCAUACACAGCGUCAGCGUCUGUGUUCAACUUUUAGAAAAGGAAGUCUGAGAUUUACUUUACUCAAGGCUUUUGAGGAUUCAAUAUGUAUGUUUGUCUGAAAUUCCAUAUAGCACUUUACCAUGGAUGGUGAAAUAAUCAAGAAAAGCAUUGGACAGCUGUCUACUGCAGGAAAAUUAGGAGAGGCAGAGCCAUGGAACUCCAAUACGAGAAGCAUAACAAGAUUCCAACUCAAGACUUCACUGUCAAAGUUCUGAUAUCAUGUAAACCACUAAACUCAAAAGCUUACGCUUUGAAAAAGUUGGCCUAGUUAUGUAUGCCAGGCCUAUUUUCAUUACUAUAAACAUGAUAACCAAGGAUUAAGUUACAUCACAGGUUGGUAUCAACCUAGAGUGUUCUUACAUGCUUAUGGCGUGGUGAGCUGCCUGAGAAAAUUGGUUGUAGAGAAUAGAGUUCAAUUGGAGAUUCUAAUUAAUUGAAAUACAGUGCAGAACAUGGGCUCAACAUCUUCUACUGCUGCCUUUUUAAGUAUGCCAUUUUUAAUUUAAUUUUUUUUUUGGGUAGAAUAUGAUAAAUGCUUAUGAAUUGAUAUGUUAUCAUGGGAAAUCAUGCAUGCAUACCAUAUUGAUAAAUCAAGAAGGGACGAACCAUUUCAAUUAAACAGUGAAGAAGAAAUUAAUCAAAGUCAUAACUGUGACUGACUGUCUAUGUAAAUAUUUUUCACUUGAUUGGUGAUCCUUUGUUUGAAGAAAGUAAUCUAAUCAAUUUUGAUACCUCUUCUUUCCUGAUCGAUAGGAAUGAUUCGCCGUUGUUAAAAAAUUAACAGCUCCAAUACAUGAAUUUUUACACAGAUGUCUCUAGUAAUCUCCAUAGGGUGAAAAAGCAAUGUAUAAGAUGUGAUAAUUUGGAUCAAGUAGAUUUGGGUACAGCCUGUGAUAAUAGGUAAAUUCAUGGGUCUUUUGUCAACCUUCUUUGGCAGCUUCUGGUGCAAGGACCAAGAAUUUGUCAUAGCAGCUGUGAAGGAAUUUGGUGGACAGGUGACAGGAGGCUUUAACUUUGCCAAUGAAUUCCCUUCCAUUAAACUACUUCUAGUGAUCAGUUUGGAUGAGGACUAAGUGGUUUGAGAACAUUUAUAGAAGAAUUGAUGAAAUACUCAAAAAGCAUUGUUAUUAAACUCAACACAACCAGGAAGAUUAUAGGAAGGUAGGUAGUUAAGAAAAUGAUAGAGUGGAAUUCCUUUUGAAUCUUCAGGAGCAGGUCUUCCAUUUCCUUUAACAAACAACAAUAUCGAUUAAGUCUGUUAUUACCUGCUUCAAUUCAUAUCCAUAUUUUACUGCAUCCAUGAAGUAUUGAUAAUGCUCAGAGAUAUUAAGUAGAAGAUUAUAAACUUAUAGGCUGAAAAUCUUGUCUUCUUCUAGGUGAUCAUCAUUUUUUUCCCAAGUUCUGUUCAGAUUUCCAGUACUAGCAUCUGCAAGAUUGGGAACGAAGAUUCUAUGGAGAAGCAAACCAAGAAGGACAAUACUUUUUUUCUUUUUCCUUAUUGUUUCUAUAAUUUUUUGAAGAACAUAAUGUUUGACGAAAAACAAGUUUAACAUUUUAUUUGUUGUGUUUCAGGACAUUCUCAAUGCAGGGAUUGAAACAUCAUUGUACCUCAACUAUGAGACCGAAGUAGAGGAAUUCCUUAAUGGAUCGUUUCAUUAGAAUGGCUCUAAUUUAUCAAUAUGUCCCAUUUUGAGCUAAGAAUAUGCCCUCCAGGCAUUGCAUUUUCCAUGCACACUGAAUUUUGAGCUUUGACUUGCGCAGUUGCUGUGUCAUAAGGAAGAUGGUAUGGAAAGUUCUCUGACUUCAUUUCCUAUUUUAUGUGCAUAUCUAUCCCAUUUUUACUUCAUUUGAAUGCAUUAGGCAUCUGAAUGUUAUAAAUAUGGUAAAUUUUCUGUCUUCAUUCCAUAUAUAUUUUUUUGCCUCGUUGCUUUCACCGGUUUCUUGUUAGUUAGAAUUGGGGUUAAGGUUAUCAUAUUAGAAAACAAAGAACCUUAUCUCAAACGCACUCCUGGUUGAAGCCAUUUCUUGUCUGUUAGUAUAUGUAUAUGUAUACGUAUACUUUCUGUUCAUUGGUUGCGGUUAUUGUUUUCCUCUCCAAGUCAGUAUCACCUGCAUAUUACCAUUGAUCUUCUGAUUUUGAAAAUAUAUUUAUUAAAAGACUCAAUUAACAUAAAUUUGGACCAUCUGCUUUAUUUUUUUAUACAAAUUAACCAUCAUUUUUUUGGAACCUGUUACAACAUUGAAAUUAACAAUUUUCUUCUUUUCCAAGACAGGUUGUAAACGAAAGAGGACAAAGAAAAAUCCAAAAGUGCCUUUUAAGUUGUUGGAGUACACUAACUUCAAUAUUAUAUAAAAACAAGUGAAAAAAAACUAGGAAAACCUAAAAUUUGUAUUUUUAUUGGUAUAUACACAUAGAUUCCUUCUAAGUACAUAAAAAAUAUGUACGUUUUUCUCGUGUAACUACACAAAUAUAGUAUCAAACAAACUGUGUACAAUCCUGAAAGAUAGAAUAUUUCAUGAAAAGCAGAAACAAUAUAUAUUAGUACAAAUGCAGCCUCUGAAAAGGCUUCAAUCCAAGUUUCAUACUUUCAUUAUGGAGCUCCAGAUUCCCUCAUUCCCGAUCCUUUUUGCUUUCUUCCUCCUUCUGUUGAUGGUGCUGAACAUAUCAAAGAGACCCAAAACCAGAAACUCAUCAAGUACUUCUUCCAAACUACCCCCAGGGCCAUGGAAGCUGCCCAUCAUAGGAAACAUGCACCAGCUGGUUGGUUCUCUACCCCAUCGAGGACUAAGAGACUUGGCCAAGAAACAUGGACCUUUGAUGCAUUUAAAACUCGGAGAAGUUUCCACCAUUGUCGUUUCAUCACCUGAGAUUGCCAAAGAAGUUAUGAAAACCCAUGAUAUUAACUUUGCAUCCAGGCCCCAGAUCAUUGCUACAAAGAUCAUGUCCUAUGAUUCUACCAACCUUAUCUUUGCUCCUUAUGGUGAGUAUUGGAGACAGCUACGAAAGAUUUGCUUGCAGGAGCUUCUGAGCAUAUCCCAAGUUCAAUCUUUCCAACCUAUUAGAGAAGAAGAGCUGUCCAUUCUCAUUAAAUGGAUUGCUUUCAAUGCUCAAUCUGGAUCAGCCAUUAAUCUUACUCAGAAAAUCUUUGCAACCACUUAUAAUAUUACUGCACGUGCAGCCUUUGGAAAGAGAUGCAAAGAUCAAGAGAAGUUCAUAUCAGUUUUGGAGGAUUCAAUAACGGAGGCAGGAGGUUUCGAUAUUGCUGAUUUGUUUCCUUCUGUUGGUUUUCUUCAUUACAUCAGUGGAACGAGGCCUAAACUAGAGAGAUUGCAUCGAGAGGCUGACAUGAUAUUGGAAACCAUCAUCAAUGAACAUAGAAAGGACAAAGCAAAAUGCAAAACUGAUGAUGAGGGAAAAACAGAAGAAGAUCUGGUAGAUGUUCUGCUAAAAUUUCAUGACCGCAGUGAUAACGAGUUUUCUCUAACAAGUAAUAACAUCAAAGCAGUGAUCAUGGACGUGUUCGGUGCAGGGAGUGAGACAUCAUCCACGACAGUCGAUUGGACAAUGUCAGAAAUGAUAAAGAAUCCAAGAAUAAUGAAGAAAGCACAAGAAGAAGUGAGACAAGUAUUUAAGGGAAGAGGCUCAGUUGAUGAAACAGGGCUUAUUGAGAUGAAGUAUCUAAAACUGGUUAUAAAAGAAGCCCUGAGAUUGCAUCCUCCAGCUCCUCUGUUGCUUCCAAGGGAAUGUAGAGAGAGCUGUGAAAUCAAUGGAUAUGGAAUACCUUUGAAAACCAAGGUUAUAGUAAAUGCAUGGGCAAUUGGGAGAGAUCCAAGGUAUUGGAAAGAUCCAGAGAGCUUUGUUCCAGAGAGGUUCAUUGAUAGCUCCGUGGAUUUCAAAGGUGCAAAUUUUGAGUAUAUCCCAUUUGGUGCUGGAAGAAGAAUUUGCCCUGGAAUUUUAUUUGGUCUUAUCAAUAUUGAGCUUCCACUUGCAUUGUUGUUGUAUCAUUUUGAUUGGAAACUCCCAAGUGGAAUGAAACAUGAAGGGCUGGACAUGACUGAGAGCUUUGGCAUUACUGUCAGAAGAAAAGAUGAUCUGCAAGUGAUUCCCAUUGCUUACCAUGAUCCUUAAUCUAUCUCAAAGUCACAAGUAGGGGAAAUAAAGUAUAUUAAAUCUCUUAUGCAUUCUUAUUCCAAUGUAAUAGCUGUGUCUUGUUAUGUAUUGAUCAAAAAUAUUUAGUCACAAGUUUUAUUUGGUAAUUGAAAGGGAU